AUGUCAGGCCGGUACGCCGGCAAUACUUACUACGGCGAGGGGGAUGAUCGCUACGUUGAUGCAUCUCCCGCCUCACCGCUUUUUAGCACGAACCAAGUGGUGUUUUGUGUCAACCCGGUGCUGUUCAUGAAUUGUGGGAUUCUUCUUGACGCCCCCAGUGGCCUCACCACGUCCGCCAUCAUGAAGAUAAGGCAAGAAUCUUCGAACAGCGCUGCCAUCUCGCUCGCCAUGUGGCGCGACAUUGCCGUCAACGUCAUUGGGAUAAGAGAGUCGGUUGCAUACUCUGUCUUUGAGGUGGUGUAUGCCCUCACUGGCAGUUUUGUACAGACGCCGGUGGCACCGCAAGUGAACGGGAAUUUGGCGCCCGCCAAGUCGAUAGCCGAGUACCGCCAGGAGGGCAAUCGGGCGCUUCUCAAGAAAAUGGGGGGAUCCGUGGACGAGGCACGUUGGCCUGCCGCCUCCGUCUCCCGGCAGGUGAGUCUGCCAGCGCUCACCAUCUUCCUCCUUGCGCAGCUUAUUCUGGAGCACCCACCCCGAGCGAUGUUGGGAGAAAUCAGCCAGGAGCUCAUCAUGAGCAGCGUGCGACAACACCUGCAUGAUUAUAUCACGGCGGUUGCAAUUACACGUCCGGGGCGCCUUACCGUCGGGGAUGCGCAGGAAUUGAAAAUUCUCUUGCGUGAGUUUGUCAAUGGAGUUGAACAGCCGUUUGGUACGAGUAUUGGUUUUUUGUGGCCCCGUUCUGAAAAGACCAUUGAUAUUACAAUUCUGUCACAGUUUAUACGCCCUAGAAUUAUGCUUCCCAGUGAACUUGCCGCCACCACGACGUCUGUAUCAUUUCGGAAUAAUGUAGUUGUAAGGGGAUUGCGAGGUACUGUGUACAUUCCACCGUGCCCCGUGAUGCCAAAUAACAGCACGAAAUUAAUGAUUUCUUCCAGUUACACAAUAGAAAAAUGUUCUCAAUCCAGCCUUUACAUUACAUCGGACCUGCCGCAUACCCGUCUCUCUCAACUUGUUAACUGUACAGUAGCUAUCGGUCCUGUUGGUGGUGUAUUAUGCAUAGAUCGCUGUGAGAACUGCAACAUAUCAGCCUUAUGUGCUGCCAUAGUGGUGGGUCAAUGCAAAAAUGUGACCAUAUUUGUAUGCACAAAUACCCCGCCUGUCCUUUCCUCCUAUGACGGUGUGAGUACAUUAGAGAAUGUCCGAUUCGCCCCAUAUAACUCCCACUACUCCACAUUAGAGGAGCAUCUGGCAAGCUCCGGCGUCAAUCCGAAGCUGAACCUCUGGAAUGUUGGUCUUCCCACAUCACAGUACGUUCUUCCUCCAGAUGAUUUUACGCCAAUAUGUUUUCCGGUUGCUCCACACACAAGCGCCGUGAUUACGACCCGCACAAAUCCAUGCCCCCUCCCUCGUCUCUACGCCGAGGCCCUAGAAAGACGCCUGCAGCGGUUUCAUGACACGUCGGCACAACUGCAGGAGGCGUACCAGCGGCUGGAGGCGGAGGGGCGAAAAGAUCUGGCGGAGAAGCUGCGCGGGAAAGUGCACACAAUGUUCAUGGAGUGGCUGCGGCGUACAGGACAAGAAAAAGGGCUCAUCAGCCUCUUGCAUCAGGGCACGGAGAGCCACUCCCAAAAUUAG